AUGUCAGAGCCCAACAGCCCGGGCGAGAGCCGGCGUGGCGCUCCCAGAUUCUUCGUGGGCUGCGAAGACGAUGAGAGCGAGGUCUUGGAUGAUAGCAUAAGAACAGACAUGGAACUGUUUGAGGACGACGAAGACACAGACUCUCCACCUGAGCAACAGAUCGUCGUAGGGAUAUGCUGCAUGAUGAAGAAGUCAAAGUCCAAGCCAAUGACCCAGAUCCUGGAGAGGCUAUGCAGGUUUGAGUACAUCACUGUGGUCAUCUUUCCUGAGGACGUCAUCCUCAACGAGCCAGUGGAAAACUGGCCAUUGUGUGACUGCCUCAUCUCGUUCCACUCCAAAGGAUUUCCACUUGAUAAAGCAGUGAGUUAUGCCAAACUGAGAAACCCUCUGCUCAUCAAUGACUUGAACAUGCAGUACUACAUACAGGACAGGAGAGAAGUAUAUCGUAUCUUGCAAGAAGAAGGAAUAGAUCUGCCACGCUAUGCUGUGCUGAAUCGUGACCCAGAUAAACCAGAUGAAUGUAACCUAGUUGAAGGUGAGGACCAUGUGGAGGUGAAUGGAGAAAUAUUCCAGAAACCUUUCGUUGAAAAGCCUGUCUGUGCUGAGGACCACAAUGUCUAUAUCUACUAUCCCACUUCUGCUGGUGGUGGCAGCCAACGUCUCUUCAGAAAGAUUGGAAGCAGAAGCAGUGUGUACUCACCAGAGAGCAAUGUGAGAAAGACUGGUUCUUACAUCUAUGAAGAGUUUAUGCCAACAGACGGCACAGAUGUGAAGGUAUAUACUGUGGGGCCUGACUAUGCUCACGCCGAAGCUAGAAAAUCUCCUGCUUUGGACGGAAAGGUAGAACGGGACAGUGAGGGCAAGGAGGUUCGUUACCCUGUUAUGCUUUCAGCUAUGGAGAAAUUGGUCGCCCGUAAAGUCUGUUUAGCAUUCAAGCAAACGGUUUGUGGCUUUGACCUUCUUCGAGCCAAUGGGCACUCCUAUGUGUGUGAUGUCAACGGUUUUAGUUUCGUGAAGAACUCUAUGAAAUACUACGAUGACUGCGCUAAGAUCCUAGGGAAUAUUGUGAUGCGUGAGCUAGCACCUCAGUUUCAAAUUCCAUGGUCUAUACCUACUGAAGCAGAAGACAUUCCAAUUGUGCCCACUACUUCAGGGACUAUGAUGGAAUUACGCUGUGUGAUUGCUGUAAUCCGCCAUGGAGACAGAACACCAAAGCAGAAGAUGAAGAUGGAAGUUCGCAACCCCAUGUUUUUUGACUUAUUUGAAAAAUAUGGAGGGUACAAAACAGGGAAAUUAAAACUAAAGAAGCCGAAGCAACUGCAGGAGGUGCUGGACAUCACACGGCAGUUGUUAGCAGAUCUGGGUCAGCAUAAUGACUGUGAGAUAGAAGAGAAAAAGUCCAAACUUGAACAGCUGAAAACUGUGCUAGAAAUGUAUGGACACUUUUCGGGGAUCAACAGAAAAGUGCAGCUGACCUACUUGCCGUAUGGGCAGCCCAAAACAUCCAGUGAAGAAGAAGACGCACGAAAGGAAGGUCCAUCUCUGCUGCUUGUGCUGAAAUGGGGAGGAGAGCUUACACCUGCUGGCCGGGUGCAAGCUGAGGAGCUUGGAAGGGCCUUUCGUUGUAUGUACCCUGGUGGACAAGGAGACUAUGCCGGCUUUCCUGGCUGUGGGUUGCUGCGGUUGCAUAGCACAUACAGACAUGACUUGAAGAUCUAUGCAUCUGACGAAGGCAGAGUGCAGAUGACUGCUGCCGCAUUUGCAAAGGGCUUGCUGGCCCUGGAAGGUGAGCUGACUCCAAUUCUGGUGCAAAUGGUCAAGAGUGCUAACAUGAAUGGGUUGCUGGAUAGCGACAGCGACUCGCUUAGUGGCUGUCAGCAUCGUGUCAAAGCUAGACUCCAUGAGAUUCUACAGAAGGACAGGGACUUCAUUGAUGAAGACUAUGACAGGCUGGCUCCAACAUGUAGUGCGUCAUUGGUAAAUUCCAUGAAAAUUGUCCGAAACCCAGUGGCCACAUGUGAUCAGGUAUAUGCGCUCAUUCAGAGCCUUACCGCGCAGAUCCGCAAAAGAAUGGAGGAUCCAAAGUCAGCCGACCUGCAACUUUAUCAUAGUGAAACACUGGAGCUGAUGUUGCAGCGCUGGUCCAAACUUGAAAGAGACUUCCGCAUGAAAAAUGGCCGCUACGACAUCAGUAAAAUACCUGACAUUUACGACUGUGUAAAAUACGAUGUUAUUCAUAAUGCUACUCUGGGCUUGGAGGACACACUGGAGUUGUUCAGACUUUCUCGUGCUUUAGCUGACAUUGUCAUCCCGCAGGAAUAUGGCAUAAAUAAAGCUGAGAAGCUGGACAUUGCAUAUGCCUACUGCCUUCCACUGGUCAGAAAGAUCCAGCUUGACCUUCAGAGGACUCAUGAGGAUGAGUCUGUCAACAAGUUGCACCCUCUAUAUUCACGUGGUGUCAUGUCGCCCGGGCGACAUGUGAGGACACGUCUAUAUUUCACCAGUGAAAGUCACGUUCACUCUCUGCUGAGUAUUUUCCGUUAUGGUGGUUUACUUGAUGAGGAGAAAGAUCAGCAGUGGAAUCGUGCCAUGGAUUAUCUCAGCGCUGUUUCUGAACUCAACUACAUGACUCAAAUUGUCAUCAUGCUAUAUGAAGACAACAAUAAGGAUCUGUCCUCAGAGGAACGCUUCCAUGUGGAGCUUCACUUUAGCCCAGGAGUUAAAGGUGUUGAGGAAGAAGAGAAUGCACCCACCGGCUUUGGCUUCAGGCCGGCCUCUGCAGAGGUUGCACGACAGAACGGGCAAAAACAGACAGACCCAGGAAGCUUGGAGGACCUCUCACGUGAUGAAACUGACAGAGCUGUACCUUUGUCUGAACCCAUCACUAUACAGAGAAGAUCACCACUUAUACGUAACCACAAAACUGGAUCAAUGGAGGUUCUGUCAGAAACUUCAUCCUCCAAAGUGGGGAGUUAUCGCCUCUUUUCAUUUUGCUCUCGUCAGUCACCUGACAUUAAACAAAGUGGAUUGGGCUCUCAGUGUGCCGGGCUGUUCAGCACCACUGUCCUAGGUGGGUCCUCUAGUGCCCCUAACCUGCAGGACUACGCACGUGCGCAUCGCAAAAAAUUCUCCACCAGCAGUCUGUCCUACAAAGACGAAUUGUUGUCUAUGCCGGCAGUAAAACGAUUUUCUGUGUCGUUUGCAAAGCAUCCGACUAAUGAGCCAUUGGAAGAGCAGCAUGUGGCCCAGUUGUUGAGUCGUUUCUCCACAGAACUCAGUCUGGGCUGCCACCUUUCUCUGGACUGUGCACUCACCCACCAUCUCCACCAGUGCUCCUACCACCUUCGCCUCUUCCGAAACUGGCUUAUCUCUGGCCAGGACCCUGUAGAGUACCUUGAUGGCUUUGAAGGAUGCUCCAUGGUCCCCUCCAUCUACCCCCUGGAAACACUACACAACUCAUUGUCACUCAAACAGGUCAAUGAGUUCCUCACGAGUGUUUGUGAGAGUGCCGGAGAUCCACAUACAAGGACCACCAGAGCUUUAUCAGCCAUGUUUGGGGCACACAACCAUCCUUCUGGGGAUGGUUCGUACAUCCCCCACAGAGUCCUCUCGUCAUCCAUGUCUCUCAGGUCUCGUUCGGACAAACCUCCGUGGUACAGCAGUGGUCCAUCUAGCACCGUAUCCAGUGCCGGUCCAUCUUCUCCCACUACAGCCGACACCUCCCCACGCUUCAGUUUCAGUGAUAAGAUCGCCCUUACUCCUCAGAGUAGCGAGGAAACCCAUUCCGCUCAAAACCUCCCUUCUCAUCCAGCUCCUCCCCCGGCAUCGCAAGUUCUAGACCCGAAUUUGUCCGCUGUUUCAAGCCCUUCUGAAACAGCGCAAACGCCUAAAAACUCUCCAGAGAAUCAUGGCGAGCAGUGUGACAGUACUACUCACACAUUUGAUGAGCGCGCGCAGGAAAGCCAAGAGGCGACUUGUGGGGUCGCGGACCUUUCCGGAAGUGGCGACGCUGGUGUGAGGCCACCCUGCUCCCCACUAGCUGAGCUCUCGCUAGGUCGGAUGGAAGGCUUCUGCCUCCCGAGCUCGUUGCCGGUGCUCUUGGAGCUCAGAGAGAGCAGCAGUGAAGCGGGUUCCAGCUCCCAGACGCCUAUGUCGCCUGAAGGACAUGAUGAGUUCUUCGAUACUCAAGAGUCCAUGGACUUGUGGAUGGACAGUCCCGAGGUUCUCCCGGAAUCGGAGACGCCCCUUGAGAUCCAAGAUGAUCCCCCAGCAGAACAGGGACACUUGCAAGGGUGA